GUGGCUUGUUGGAAAGUCACCCCUAAUACUGCCUGUACCGAGCACGCUGUUAUAUCCAAAUUUAUCAGAUUAUUGAGUAGCGGAAAACAUGGGGGGCACCGAAAGCACCGGGAGAAAAGUGUCUUUCGGUCUGGAUGAGGAGGAUAAAGUCACUGUGCUGCAGGGAGUAAAGUUGUCUGAGGAUGUUCUUCAGAGGAUGCGGGAGGCAAAGAAGUCUUCAGAAAAACCUACAUCUCCAAAAUCAGAGAGUCAGAAACCUGAACCAGGUCCAGCCGGCUAUUCUUCAGCCGAGGCCCAGAAGGAACUAAGGAAACGGUUCGAGCGGGAGCAGGGUCUGUUAAGGGAGGAGUUGGCUCGCAUCACACGCCGAGAGAAUGAGGCUGCUGGAGAAGAUCUGAACCAUGCUGGUCUCCGAGAGAAAGCUAACACCAAAGAGGAGCAGAAGAAUGCACACAACCUGGCCAAACAGCUUGCGAGAAAAGACGCUGAACUGAAACAUCUGGCUGCCUUCUACAAAGAACAACUGCAGCUGAUGGAGAAAAAGAACCUGGAACAAUAUCAGCAGACGUCUCAGAUCUUCAAGGAGGCAGCGACUAAAGCCGAGACCAACAUCAAGCCUAGAAAUACAGUUCCCGUGUGUCCAGAACUCCAGUCUCAGGUGUUGAACUGCUAUAAAGAGAACAGACACCAGACGCUGCACUGCUCCAGUCUGGCCAAGGAGUAUAUGAACUGUAUCAACUCUGCCAAGAAGAACACAAUGGUGAACCAUGGAUCAUAAGAAUGAAGAAUGUGAUGAGGAAGAUGAGAAGAACAGCAUUACUUACCACAUGGAUACCACAGCAAUCAUUUUAAUCUGUGUUUGAUGCAGAGACUGUGGAUGAAAAUAUGCUGCACGUGUGGGUUAUUUCACUUCAAUUAAACCUAAAACUGCAUAACAUUUUUUUGUAAAGUUCAACAAAAAAAAACUAACCAGAAUGCAAGUCAAUUUAAUUUAAAUACCAUAAUUAAUAAAGUCAAUUAUUCAU